CACGAGGAGCUAGCAGCGCUAACUUGUUAGCAGGCUAGCAGCGUUAGCUUGUGUUGAGAGGACGGUGGUGUUUUGUUGGGACGUUUGUGAGGUUUUUGGACAGAAAGGGCGAUACGUUGCUCGUGUGGGAACUCUCAGCAUUUUCCAAAGUGUCGUAAAUGAGUGAAGAAGUGUUGAACGGAAAGACAACGUGGAUUGCUGUGAUUGUGAGACUAGCAGAUGAUCGAUCGGAGCUGCAGUGAAGAGGACGGCAGUGUUUGUGGGAGUUGGAGCUGAAGAUCGGAGCAGGAACCAUGUCUUCCCUUCAGUCUCUGAGAGAGUUGAUCAACGAGCGACUAGCUGCUGCUACUGAAGAAAUCUGCAGACUCUGUGAAGGAACCAUCGUCCAGUACGAGCAGGAACUCUGUCGUCAGCGCAGACUGCUGGAUGUCAUCUGGAAACCACAGCUGCAGCUACACCACAUAGUUCUCCCCCAGCAUUGGAUGACUGAAGAGGAAGAUCAAUGCAACCAGCAGAGGAACUUCAGAGUGGAACAAGAACCUCUACAGAUUAAAGAAGAACUGCAGGAACCAAAACCUCCACAGAUUAAAGAGGAACAGGAGGAACCAGAACCUCUACAGAUUAAAGAAGAACUGCAGGAGCCAAAAUCUCCACAGAUUAAAGAGGAACAGGAGGAACCAGAACCUCAGCAGAUUAAAGAAGAACUGCAGAACUUUAAUGUAACUGGUAGUCAGGAUGAAGAAAGAAACCAACAUGAAGAAUCUACAUCAACUACAGAUGAAGAGACAGACCCACAGAACAGAGAUCAGAGGAAGAGGAGGGACAGAAGUCAUGUCCAAAGUGUGGACAGCUCUCACAUGUCAGCAGCCCUCCCCCAGAGUUUGAUAACUGAAGAAGAAGAUCUCUGCAUCCAACAGAGGAACUUAGAACUGGAACGUCCACAGACAAAGGAGGAGCAGAAGGAACAAGAACCUCCACAGAUGAAAGAGGAACCAGGGGAACUCUGUAUCAGUCAGGAUGGAGAGCAUCUUGAUCUGAAGCAGGAGACUGAUACCUUGAUGGAGUUUCUUACUUAUGAGGAAGAUGAGAACAGUGAAGCAGAUCUAAACAAUCAGCAGAGCUUUAAUGUAACUGAUAGUCAGGAUGAAGAAGGAAACCAACAUGAAGAAUCAACAUCAACUACAGAUGAAGAGACAGACCCACAAAAUCGAGAUCAAAGGAAGAGAAUAGACAGAAGACAUGUCCAAAGUGUGGACAGCUUUCACAUGUCAGAAGGUCAGUGUGACUCUGAUGUUAGAAAAAAUCCCAAGAAGGCAAAUCUGGGUAAGAAAGACAAACAAUCUUCAAAAGAAGAGAGACUUUCCUCUAUCAAGUCUGGUAAAAACUCAAGAAUAAUUACUAACCCGUCUGACUACAUGGAAACUGGGUCUGAUGAAAGAUGUUAUAUCUGUAAAGAAUGUGACAAAAGCUUUUGUAACAAAUCUCUGUUCAGAAUUCACGCAAAAGAUAAGAGAUUUUCUUGUAAAGACUGUGAGAAAAGCUUUAGUCGUAUAUCUCAUCUCAAAUCACACAUGAUAACUCACACAGGAGAAAGGCCUUUUUUUUGUAAAGAAUGUAAAAAAAGUUUCCGUGAUGUAUCUUAUCUCAAAACACACAUGAGAAUUCACACAGGAGAAAAGCCUUUUUCUUGUGAAGAAUGUAAAAAAAGUUUUAGUCAAAUAUCUCAUCUCAAAAGACACAUGAGAACUCAUACAGGAGAAAAGCUUAUUUUUUGUAGUGAAUGUAAAAAAGGUUUUCAUGAUGUAUAUACUCUCAACAAACACAUGAGAACUCACACAGGAGAAAGGCCUUUUUCUUGUAAAGAAUGUGAUACAAGUUUUAUUGAUGGUUCUGGUCUCAAAAGACACAUGAUAAUUCAUACAGGAGAAAAGCCUUUUUCUUGUAAAGAAUGUGACACAAGUUUUCGUGAUGCUUCUGGUCUCAAAACACACAUGAGAAUUCAUACAGGAGAAAAGCCUUAUUCUUGUAAAGAAUGUAGAAAGAGUUUUAAUCAAAUAUCUAAUCUCAAAAGACACAUGAGAACUCACACAGGAGAAAAGCCUUUUUCUUGUAAAGAAUGUAAAAAAAGUUUCAAUGAUUUAUCUAACCUCAAAACACACAUGAGAACUCACAAGACUUUCUCUUCACAAACAAUGUAAUAAAGGAGUUAGUGUAAACUCUAAAUUCUAAACUUUUCUGAUAAGAGGUCGACACCUCAACCUCUGCACCACAGCAGAAUACUUUAUUUUACAGGAGGGAAAAAUCUGAUGGCCUCCAUACCAUAUUGAUGAAGUAACUUCAUUAGAGGGAGGCACAAGUGAAUAUUUAAUGUGUAGAAAUGAAGUUUUCUACUAAUUUAGUGUUAUAAUAUGAUAUUCUUACUUUCUAGGAAUUUUUUUAGGUUUUUAUCUGCAAAAAAAGUAAUUGAUCAAAACACUUGAAUCUUUGUGUAAUGAUAUUAGAGAAAGAGUUUUACUGCUGACAAACUAUGUACAACUUUUUCACAAAAUGAAUUGUUUUACAUAGAUAGAUAUAAACUUUAUUAAUCUCCCAAAGGAGAGAUUCAGGUGUCCGGUAGCAAAACACACAAUCACACACAACAAACAACAGUAAAAAGACAGAUCACAAAAUAAUAUCAGUUCACAUCAGGGAGGUUCAUUAAACAGCCUGAUAGCUGUAGGGACAAAUGAGUUCUUAAAGCGCUCUGUCCUGCAGCGCAGUGAAAGGAGCCUAUUACUCCGUGAGCUCCUCUGACCAGACAUCGUGUUCUGCAAUGGAUGCUUGGGAUUGUCCAGGAUGCUCUGAGUCAAGGGCCUCAUCCUCUUCUGCAGCACAGAUCCCACAGAGUCCACCCUCUUCCAGAUCACAGAUGCACAUCUCUUAAUCAGUUUGUCCAAUCGAGUGCAAUCCCUUGUGGUCAUACUGCCACCCCAGCAUACAACCCCAUAGAAAACAGCACUCGCUACAACCGACUGAUAAAAGAGGAGCAACAUGUCAGUACACACAUCAAAGGACCUCAGCUUUCUCAGGAAGAACAGCCUACUCUGCCCUUUUUUAUACAGAGCAUGAGCCUGCUCCGACCAGUCCAGUUUGUGUUCAAGGUGCACACCCAAGUACUUGUAGGAGUCAACCACCUCGAUUCCCCCUCCAUCGAUGAUCACUGGCUGGUGGGAGGACUUCCUACUAAAGUCAAUAAUCAUCUCCUUGGUCUUUGAUGUGUUCAGCACAAGACCAUUGUCUUGUAUGUACCUGCAAAUAGAAAUGAGUUGUUUGUUUUUUAGUAAUUUGAGCUAAUUCUUGAAUGUCUUCAUUAUGGUUGAAAUGUUGUUUAUACAUCUUUAAUUCUAACACUUUUAAUGUGAUCAGUGAACAUUUAAUAAACAUUUAAACACAAA